AUGAAACAAUGGAGUACAAAAAAUACAAAUUAUCUUACAGCUACCAAACGUGUAGAAUAUGAUUUACCUCCAAAAUUUAUUUCAAAUGCUAAUCUUACAUUUAAAAUUGAUGAAUCAAUAAUUAGUAAAGAAGAAGCUCAAAUAAUUUUUUUACAAGAAAAUAAUGAAGGAUUUGAUAUUGAACCUGAUGCUGGUUAUAUAGCAUUUAAACAUUAUAAUGAAUUACGUGAAAAAGGACGAAGUCAACGAGCAAGAAGAAAUUGUGGCCCCGACUCUCACACGAUCGUUGGAAGAGGAUUUCUCGCUCCAACUAUAAUUAAUGAAGCACAAGCAAAAUUAACCGAGGAAGAAUAUCAAUUAUUAAAAUUAGGUUCUCGGUUUAUUUAUAAUGAUCCACAAACGGCUUCUCGACGAUGUACAACUGAGUUGGCUAUGUUAAAACGUAAAAUUGAAGCACAAUUUUUCGAAAAAAAAGUGAGCCCUGGUCGAUCAGUCGAACAAUUUAUAGCCGAAUUGGAUGUUUUAUUAAAAAAUUUACAUGAUACACCUAUUAGUAAAAUAAAUCGAAAAUAUAAACAACAACGUGAAAUAAUUUCAUAUGAUAAUUUAUUAGAAACAAUUCAAUUGAAUCAAUAUCAAAUUACUAAAUGUCCAAUUAUUACUGUAAAAAAGAAAAAUUAUGGUAGAUUGGUCAAACGGUUAAAACACAAGCUUCGUUCAACUAGUAUAGUUCUUCAAAAAUCAGAUAAAUCUAAAGUUUUUCAUUUAGAUAAAUUACAAGAUUAUCACAAAAAAUCUGAUGAAUAUAUGGAAAAAACUGAAGCAGAUAAAUGUUUACACCAGAAUGAUCCAUUACCAAGUUUAAUUGACCGGAUAAAUAAAUAUUUAUUAAAUUUAAGAUUAACAAAUUGA